AUGGAAGAGUACUUUCAGGAGGCCGGUAGGGCCGGUAGAGAUGGUCUUCCUUCAAAAGCCCACAUCUACUACAAUUCAUACGAUACAUCAAAGGCAAGAAAACAUUUGUCUUCAGUAAUGAGGGAUUAUGUGCAAUCAAAGAAGUGUAAAAGAGAAAUUAUUAUGGGAUAUUUUGGGUUUUCCCCUCUGCCACUUGACACAGCUCAUGCAUGUUGUGAUUAUCAUGACAAACUUUGUAGCUGUGAUGACUGUGUGCUCUCUGAUGUUGCAUCUUUAAUGGCUCCCACCUUGACAGAUGAAGCCCCUCCAUUAUCUAAUGAAGAUGUUUAUCCUUAUUCCAAACUAAACAUGGAGCAAAUAGCCAAGCUGAAUGAAGAACUUGUUAAAUUUAGAUUCUCAUUACCUGGACAUGGUAGGACAUCAGUAGGGAGUACAAGCCUGAGCAGUGGUGUUACUAUAAAGUUAAUUCGUGAAGUGGCUGAAAAUGCACACACAUUCUCUUCAGCAGAAGACAUUGAAAAAAGACUUCCUAUCUUUAGCCAAAGUCAUGCCAUUUCAAUGUGGAAAAUUGUUAAACAAUUCCUUCAGAAAGUGUGA